AUGCAACAACAUCUGCAAGGUGACCGAAAUGAGGCGUUGAUUGUCAUCGUGCAGUUUUGCAAGACCAAAUAUUUUAAAGGAACAGUUGGAAUCUCAAAUACGUUUAACACAAGAAAACUUUAUGUUAACGCCAAUAUUCCAGAGAUCGUGGAAUUCAAAAACAGCCUAUCUUUGGGCCAAGAACAUUCGAUGCAAAUUAGUCAAAUUUCAGCAUCGUCCAAGCCAACUAUCACAGAGGAAAUUGAAACUGAAAUGUUCAAGGUUAGAACUCUACAGCAAAUUGUUGGGAGUGAUCAGGCAGAAUAUGUUUGGGUGCCGUGUGUGAUCUCUGCAAUAAUUUCAGAAAGGGGAUGGUAUUUCAUGAGUUGCAAGAAGUGUGUUCGAAAGGUUAAGGAGGAAGACGGAAAGUGUUAUUGUAUUCACUGUAAGGAGUACUGCAAUGGGGAAAUUCAUUACAAGCUUAAUAUUAACGUUGUGGAUGGAACAGAGUGUGUUACGUUACUUCUUUGGGACACCCAAUCCCGUGAGUUGAUUGGAAAAACAGCUCGAGAGUUAAAAGACAAAAUUGCCAAGGACACGAUUGGAAAUGAUACUGACCCAAAAAUGAUUCCCACGGAGAUCGAGUGCAUUGUUGGUCAAGAAUACUUUUUCAAAAUAAAUGUGAACCAAAAAAAUGUUGACAAGCAAGAUACAGUUUAUACAGUGGUGAGUGUUUCAAAGGAUGCUGACUUAAUCAAAAGAUUUAAAUCGACUGAUCAUAUCAUCGACAUAAGCGAUGAUAGUGAGAAUGGAAACAUAGAAACAAAUACAACUGAACAGGAUUCUAUUUCGGAUAAUGAAGUAACGUCUCCUAACAAAACACCAAGGAAGGCUACAAAGGACACUACUGGUAAAACACAAGUCAAUGAAAGUGAUUGCGGUUCAACGGCGCUAUCUUCUACGAAAUUGAAGAAAGUUAAAGUUGAAAAGAAUUGA